GAGGAUUCACUUCUGCCUGCACAUGCGCAUGAGCCCCGGGUCGCUCUCGGGCAGAGCUGCUCACGGUGCAGAGCCCGACUUGGAAGGAGCCCGGGGACCGGUUAGAGGAGGAGGAGGACUAGACCGCCGUCGGCCAGGAGCGCGCGUGACUGUGUUCCUCAGGGCCAUACCACACUAACUAGCAGUAGUUAACUACAUACACAGCAGUAGAAACCCAGGUUAGGGGGGGGGGCCGCACCACUUCCGGCGAGGAAGCGGUGCGACCCCACCACUUCCGGCCGCAGCCGCCCGCACUGGCGCGGCCGUUAGCUGAGAAAAGAGCCCACCGCGGGCGAAGGUGCUGGGGGGGCGCGGUCACUCCCGGAAGUAGCCCCCAGCGUGCCCCGGAAGCUGAAGCCCCUCUAGCUCUGCCGGGCCAUUCCCAUUCCAGUGGCUUUCACCGCGGUGUAGGGGAGGGAGGGCGGGCGCGUGCGGGCGGCAGCUCCUCACUGCGGGAUCCGGCUGCGUCGGGACGUGCGCCCGGCUCCACGGCUUCACCAGCCCGGUCUCCGCGGGGCGGCUGGCCACGUCCCGAACCCCUGGCCUGAGCACCAGCCUCGCGGCCACCCUGAUGUGCUUCACUGGGAGAGAAGGGUGAUCGCUGUCAGAGCCCGCGACCGUGCAAGGUGCCAGACCCAUCCGGGCGGUCUGUCGGGAGUCUCGGCCUCUGUGAGGGCAGGCUGCUUCUGUAGACCUGGUGCCGGCUCUGGUCUCCCGCUCCGCCACUGACUGGCACGUCACCACUCCGGGUUUCUGUUUCUCGGCCAUAAAGUGAGCACUGAGCCUGGGCCCAUCUUCUCGUUGCCCCAAGUUCCCAAGCAUGUCGGAAGUAGAAAAAAUCAAAAAGCUCCCCAAGAGACAUGCACCCUCAGGAGCUGUCUCCCUCAUGACCAGACCCCAGAGUCCAGCUGCCACAGUGACUUCUCCUGCCUCCAACUUCCAUACCAGAGCUACCAGUACUUCUUGUGGACAUGGCAGGGGUGCCCAGGGAGACCUGCCAGAGACUGAGGUCAAAGUUGAGUUUGUAAAUGUAGAGGAGACGGCCAGCAGUGGCCACAGGAUCACACCCUCUGGCUCCCAAAAGGCGAGUGAGAGGGAUCUGCUCCCUCGAAGGAAGAGACCCCGCCUCCUCCCCAGGGGCUCUUCCAUCCCCUCACCUGACCAAGUUUUCCUGGAGGAGAAGGAGCAAGGUGCCCUGGGCCUACGCGUCUGUAGCAGGAAGAGAAGAGCCUGCUCCCAGUGGAGGCCUGGUUUUUACUCAGCUGCCUCCCGUGCGAAGAGCCAGGCCAGCCCGGGGCAGAACAAGCCGAAGGGAGACUCUGAGCCAUGUGUCCUGAAGUCCGUGCUGGGUCAGGAGCCCUCUGUGCAGCCUAAGAAGAAGGUGUCCAAGCAGAAGGCACGUGGACCGAGAGGGGUGAGGUCGCGAGCAGGAAAGAAGUCGAGAGACCCAGCGCUCAGCCCUGGCCUGGCCCCCCCCACCCCAGUGCCGGUGCAGGCAACCAGUCUGGACGGGUCAGGAGUGGGCCAGCCUAGUGAGAGUGAGGAGACCAGGCAGGCUGACGUCCUCAUAGCCUCUCUGGACAGAGAGAUGCGACGCCUCAAGAAGUGGAAGAAGAGGCAUUCGCUUCCUCGUGGGGGAGAGAAGUCAUCCCUGCUGAGCUCCCAGAAGCCACCGGGCCUGAAGAAGCGGGUCAGAACUGUAAAAGAGACCAAGGGCUGGGCUUCUCGAGGGUGUCCCCCGGGCCCUCAGGACACCACGGGUCAGACGCUCACACUGGACGUCAGACAGUUCUUUGCCACCGACCGUGAGAACAUGUGCCACGUCUCCUGCACUCUGUGCCACGCCAGCAUCAAGCAUGGGCCGGGGAGGGUAAGAAGGCCAGUUACAGCCGGCUCGGGAAGGGCAGGGGCAGGGGCAGUGGGGACACAUAGGCGCCUGUCUGCAGGUGCCCCCAGCCUUGUCCAGGGAGGCAUCUCGUCUUCAGGACACUGCCCGAGUGACUUGCCAUCAGAAGAUAAUGACAAGCAGUUUGCCCCGGCUAGAGGUGAGCGGCUGUUCCUGGCUCCACCACCUCUGCCUACGCCCAUCAGAUAUGGACCCACUGCUCCCCCAGUGGCUGUCAUGGGGGAUCAAGAGGCCCUGUAUGCUCUCAGCCAACCCCGCUCCCAGGCCUGGAACUGGAGCAUUGCGGAGUUACUGUGCAGCUUGGCGUUGCCACUCUCCUUCCUUUCGUCCCCGCCCUUCAGAAGGUUUAUGGCCCAGGUUGACCCUGACUACUGUCUGCCGCCUCCAACUGCCUUUUCCGAUGAAGCCUUGCCUCUGCUCCGCGAGCUGGUGGGCGAGCAGGUACGCCAGGAAAUGCAGCAGGCUGAGGGCAGCCGCGUCCACCUCACCAUGUCCACGGCAACCCAGGACGUAGUCAUGCAGGACUACGUGGCCGUUACCGCCCACUGGGGGGUGAUACAGCGCGGUAGCUGGCAGGUGGUAUCAGGGAGCCCGAGGAAGCAAGCAGUGCUCUGGGUCCGAGGCCUGCCCCCGGAGAGCACUGCGGAGGACAGGCAGCGGGAGCUGCGGGAGCAGGUCAGACUGUGGCUAGGCCAUGGCUCUCUGCGACCCGGCUUCCUGGUGUCGAGCGGCUGCCCCGCCCUGGAGCCCACAGUGACGAUGGAGGGCUACACCCACAUCCCUUGCUUUGCCCACUGCCUCAACUCUGUAGUGGGGAACUUUCUGUGUCACCAUCACAGUGUCCAGGUCAUCCUGAGCACAGCCAGGGCCAUCUGCAGCCAUUUCCAAGGCUCUGCGGAGGCCCGGCGGCUCCUCGUGCAGCUGCAGCGGCGGUGCGGCCUCCCAACCCAUCAGCCCUUCUGGGAGCUCUCAGACCACUGGGUCUCUGCCUACCACCUGAUGGAGUGGCUGGUGGAGCAGCAGCAGCCGCUGCGGGAGUAUGAAGCGAAGCACCAGCUGGGGAAGGCUGGCAUGGGCCUCUCAGCCAUGUUUUGGAGCCUGACGAACAGCCUGGUCAUGCUCCUGCGACCCUUCCACAUGGUGGUCCAGGAGGCGAGCGCACCGCAGGCCUCUUUAAGCCAGGUGCUGCCGCAGCUGCGCUACCUGCACAUCUUCUUGGAGCAGGUUCCCGCACACUUUGAGGAGCAGGGCAGCGGGGAGGCGGGUGCAGCCGUCCGGCUGGCCAGGGGCUUGGCCCUGCAGCUCUCCACAGACUGCCAGCUCAGCGAGCUUUUCCACCACGAGGAGUUCGUGCUUGCAACUCUGUUGGACCCCCGCUUCAAGGGCCAGCUCGAGGCCAUCCUGCCCGUGGGGGCCGACAUUGACCACUGGAUGCAAGUUCUCGUUUACAAGGUGAAGGAGAUUAUGGUGUCCGAAUACUCUUUGCCUCCCUCACCCUUCCUACAGAGCCCCAAGGCUGUGAGUGCGGACACCACCCAGGGUGGCAGAAUAGCCAGGGGCCCCAGGGCUAAGAGGAGGAGCCACAAGGACCCCGUGCAGAGAGGCAGCAGCCCUGGGUGUUCGCUGCUAGGCCAGGGGGAGAAGAGCUUGCUGGAGCAGCUGGAGAGUAUAGGGCUGGUGGCGUCCCAGAGGAGCGGAGCCUCGCUCUCCACUGAGAACCACCUGGCCACGGUCAUCGUCAGGAAGUACCUACGUGAGAACAAGCCAGUUGGUGCCCGGGAGGACCCCCUGGCGUACUGGGAGAAGAGGCGGGCAGUCUGGCCAGCCCUGGCAAGACUGGCCACCAUCUAUCUGUCCUGUCCCGCUACCAGUGCCUCUUCUGGGAGUGUCUUGGCCUCCCUGGAUAGCCCCACCAUCGUGGAGAACAGCUCCCCUCUCCCAGUGGAAACAGUUGAGCAUCUCCUCUUCUUGAAGACCAACCUGGAAAAUUUCCCCAACUACACCUCCUCCCCCCUCACACGCCCCGGUGGAGGCAUGGCCGAGGGGGGGCAGACCAGGGAGCCUGGCCCUCGGGUCUGAUGCCCUCACAGUCUUCCUGGAGGAACUUUGCCGUAGGUGACAGGAGAGAGCAGAGUGUUGCACCUGGGGUAUCAGACAGGCGGCGGCCAGAAUCUUAGACCUUUUGGGGAAGAAUGGGGACAGUUUCUCAACUCUUACAGACUGCCUUACUUUUUUUCAGGGAGGUGGCAUUUUCCAUCUACCCAUUGCUUUAUUUUUUUAAAAUGUUUUUGAAUGUUUUUUUUAAUUGGUUUUAGAGAGAGAAACAUUGAUUUGUUGUUCUACUUAUUCAUGCAUUCAUUGGUUGCUUCUUGCAUGUGUAGUAACUGGGCACCGAACCUGUCACCUUGGCGUCAUGGGACAAUGCUCCUAAAAACUGGGCUGCCUGGCCUUAAUUUAUCUCCAGCACUGCUUGCAUAGAAAAGGUUUAUUUUGCCCCUAAGUGACCGUGAGUUGUACCAUAAAGUUUUAUAAGCAGUAACACUCUUCUGAAAUGUUGGUGGGCAUUAAUUAAGGGCCCUACAUGCAGCCUGUCCAUGUGCGUCAAGGUGCCCUUAGAGGUCUGCUUUCUCCUGGGACGGGGACAGGAGGAGGCAUGGCUGCCGGCACGUACACUCGGUGGGGUGUAUACUCAGCCACCUGCAACUUGGGUGAGCUGUGAAAGCCCUUUCUGAAAUUGUUUUCACUGUGGAAAGAGAAACCCUAAGCUAGAGGAGCCAUUUCAAGAGGAUGUGUGUGCACGUGUACCUGGGUACACGUCAGUCUCCUUAGGGUCUGUGGUUCUCUGUGGGUCCCGGUCCCGGGGUGGCCGGAGAACUCUGGAUUGAUAGGACUGCCCAGCUAGCGAGGGAGAGUGACGCUGAGAUACGUGGUCUUCGGACCGUUCUUGUCUCUAGUUUGUUUCCAGGCUGCUGGAGGCUUGGGGUUCCUUCCUUUCCACGGCAAUAGCAGUCUUGGAAAGAGCUCCCACACUCCCCCAGGCUCUCGGUGGCUGAGGAUGCGUUCCACCUGCAUCACCCACACCUCCCCUCCUCCCCGGCUGCUUUCAAAGGGCAGAUCCCCAUCUGGAAGCAAGAAAGGCUGCGUCUCAGACUGACUGGUAACUGAUCACCAGAGUUCCUGUAGCACAGAGCGCACGGGGUCCAGGGCUGGUGACUCCAGGUGGGAGAAGGCCUUUGCACCCACAGGACCUGAAUCUGGCUCUCCUGAGGGGCUGGGUCACCGUGACAGGCGGCUCUGAGGGAGAAAGUAGGUGGAGGCUGGGUCAGCCCCUCAAGGCCUGACUUGCACUUUGGCUGUUGGGGUGAACCUGGAGGCCUGUCCCCACCACAUCUCCUGGAGGGGUUGUCAGUCAUGUGUCACUAAGACUGAUUCACUGCAGGACAUUUGGAAGUUAAUGAGAACGUCAGGAAACAGGAAUAACCAUAAUCCUUUCAUUCAGUUUCUGUGAAUACAUUGACAUACUUCCUUUAUCUUGAGAUUAUACCUGCUGGACAAGUUAGUGUGCUGAAUUUUCUUCUUUUUUUAAUUCUUAGGAUGUGUUUUUACUGCUUUUAGAGGGGGGGAGGGGGGAGAGAAACAUGGACGUUAGAGAGAAACCUUGAUCAGUUGCCUCCUUUGCAUGCUCUGGCUUGGGGUAGAACCCGCAGCCUAGGUGUGUGCUCUGACUGGGAAGGAACCCACAGCCUCCUGGUGUGUGGGGCAGGGCCCCAAACAGCCAAGCCACCUGACCUGGGCUGUGUUCUCAUUUAACAGUGUAGUGACUGCAUCUCCUUAAGUAAAGCUUUGUAAAGAUCAUAUGGAAUGGUUGCAGUAACAUGACUCGAAUUAGAGAGUCUGGCCCCAAAAUGCUUAGGCCCCGUGUCCUCCCCGCCAGCUGUUGUGGGGGGGGGGCGGGGGUGUGUGCUCACAGGCUCCCCUGUGAUCAGAGGUGAGGUCUGUCUGGGUGAGCAGCUGGGACUGUGCCUGUACUCCUCUCACAAUCCUGAGUCAGUCAAGGGCGUUUGGGUAGUAAGGUCGGGGCAUGGCCUCGGACCCAGGCUUCCUUCCUUAAAUGUGUGUGUGGCUCAGCCUGUAAUGAGAACCACUUGCGAGUGUCGUAAGACCCUGGGUCCUCCCAAGUUGUGAUUCUGGGUCGGGUGGCGGGCAGGAGUGUGAUGUGCGUUGGUUACCCGAGGCUGCUCUCCAGAGACGUGCUGUCCUGUGCUGUCUGGCGUCAGUGACCUGGCUGUGGUGGUCUCGGGGAGGGGGAGGCUGGAAUGGAGGGGCAGUGGGGUGGGAGCAGUGUGGGGGGGUGAAGGAGGCUGAGACAGAAGCAUAGCAGGCGGAAGCGUGGGGACAGCAAUGGUUCUCAGUUGGGGGGGGCACUUUUGUCCCCAGAGGACAUACGCAAUGUCUGGAGACUUGCUGGUCGUCACAGCUUGUGGGCAGAAAUGGAUGCUGCUCAACCCCCUGCGACGCACAGCACAGCCCCCGCAGCAGAGGCUCACCCGGCCCCGAGUGCCAGUGGCCCAGGACUGAAGAGCCCUGCUCUAGGCUGGGGCCUGGAGCGCAUGGGGCGGAAGAAAGGCCCCCAGUCCACUGACGCGGCCAGGUGGCUGUCCACUGCGGCUGUUGGGGGCCGAACCGUCCCUGCCCUGCACUGAGCCCUGUCCGGGCUGACUCCUGGGCAUCGUUUCCUGGCCCAUUUCCCACGUAGAUGGGCCGACACAGCAAGUGCUGACGGCACAGGGCAGGUGGGCCCUGCCCAGCCCCGAGUGUCGAGGGUGUCCGAGCCGUGGUCUCAUCUGUGUGACCAGGACCCUUGGGGCAGACGGAUGCGUCGGGCCUAGAGCCUCCUGGCUCAUUCGCACAGCAGGACGAGGAUGGCUCCCGCGACUCAGAGAAGCGCUGGCCUGUGGGUGAGAACGGGCCAUUGCCCUCUCUCGUGGAGCCCGCCACCGGCCUGUGCCUUACGGCAGCUGGGCUUGCACGGGCAGGUGGGCCCGGGCGCCCUCAGCCCCGCCCAACCUGCCUGGGCGAGGGGUGCGGGUCUGCGGUGACAUGGGCCUGGAACGGCAGAGGUCAGCAUUCGUGUAACUGUCGGCGGGGGGCGCGGGGCCUGGGAGCUCGCAAGGCCGGUCUCGGCCUGAGCGUGCUAUUUCCGCUCUGCCGCUCCCCCAGGCGACAGCAUGCAUUCCUCCCAGCUCUCUCUCCGGGCGGGCGGCAGCGCACCGUUCUCCCCACCUCUCCGCUCUGCUCUGCCUGCGCCCUCAACCUUUCCCGCCCUGCGCAGCCAGCACGUCCAUCUAAGCAGCCCCCCAGUUCCUUGGGACGUCGUGCCCUCACCCUCGUGGGCCCCUGCGGCCCUCGCUCCCCCCGAGGUUACCCCUGAGCCCGGCGGGGCGUUGGAACGCAGUCUCGGUCUUGAAAGUCACGGUCUCCCUCCCUCUGGCUGCUCAGCCUUGUCCGUGUUCUGCCUCACGAAGGCUGCUUUUCUCCUGACUCCUACCCUUGGCCUCUCCACUGUGCGCCGCUCAGAUAGGGGCAGCGGGGAGGAUGUGCAUGUUCCCGCAGGGAGGCCUCCAAGUCAUGGAGGGGGCCUUUGUCCCCUGAGAGGCUGGCCUGCUGGGCCACACACUCGCACCAGGCACCUCCGCAGAUCAUGCCUGGGUCCCUUCAGCCUAGAGCAUCAGCCGUCUCCUGUGCCUGAUGCCCCAUGGCCACCUUAAACCGGAGGUCUCUGCCCCCCAGGCUGUCCCACCUGUGUCCCAAGUGUUUGAGAUGGGAGCCCCAUGUCCCCACAUGUUGUGCUAGGUCCCCCCCUUCACGUCGCUCCACGCUUAUAGGGGUCCUUGUCUUGCUAGUGCCUUCUUGGCAGGUGUCUAGUGCCCCUAGGUGCCCACCCUCUGGGCCAGGGCAGUUUUCACCAGAUGCACGGGCGGUGGCCUCACUCCUGCUCACCAACCCCAGCAUGCCCCGUUUGCAGUGCGCGAACCAGACUUCUUAGCAGGUGCCUCCAGUCCCUUUUGGAAAGAAAUGAGGUCAAAAUGAGAACUUGCUGGAGUGUUGCAGGCCAGAAGGGGGCUAGAGAGAAAUGAAGGGACCCAGUUCUUAGAGAUGGGGGUGUCAGCCUGGUCUCCUUGGAGAGGGAGGAAUACAGAGUGGCCUUGGUCACAGAAAUGCAGACUCGGGACCGUGGACACUCUGGAGUCCCAGCUUUUGUCCACAGGAGUGAACGGUCCCAUAGUUCUUUGCAGCGUCACCCCGCCUGGCCUGAGCCCGGCCAGAGCCUGCAGAGUUGGGAAGCUGCCACUGGGAACAGAGGUCCCUUCUGGUUUUCCUCUCUGCUGGAUCCUUGACCCCUCUGUGGGUGGCAGUGUCCCUCCCCUAGGCUGCCUCCCUCCCGCUUGUCUGCACUGAUGCCUGCGCUCCUGCAGCCCCACAGCCGCCGGGGACUUGAAAGGCCCUCCCCUACCUUUCUGGAGCCCCUCCCUGAGGGCGGCCCCCACCUCUCCAGCCCCUGUGCUUUCUCUGGAAAUGAGGUCAUGUUUGCAGCUGGAACAGUGGGAGCUGCUGGCCCCUGCGCAGGGGCGGCGGACACGGGCACUGGCACUGGCGCGAGGUCAGGGCUGCUAGUGCCUUUUCUGGGUCGGACGGCCGGCUGACCCCAGUGGCGCCCGUGUCCCUGUGACAGACUGUCGAGGCCCAGGCCACCUGGACCGCCCUUGU